AGAAGUCUGUACAUAGGUCAUACCUCUGUCUAGAAGCCUGUUCCAACCAGUUCCUUAACUGGAGUUACCCUAAAUUUCCUCUGAGGGCGCAACUCUAAGCGGAAGAGUUGUGGUUUUCACACAAGGCUGUUCCGGUUUCAGCGCAGCAUGGUAUAAAUAUGGCUGCCUCAGAUGACUCCGGCAGCCUGCCACAGACUCCAACGGAUGCAUAAUUUGAUAUUCAUUACCUCAGCUCUCGAGCUAGAGAAGCCAAACUCCGGCACUAGAGACGAGGACUUAGAAGAAUAAUAUGCUCCUGCGAUACGCUCAUGGGUUGUUGCUAACUAAGGCAAUUAGCCAUAAUAGAUGGCUUCCCGCUUUAAAUGGCAUCAAACCACGGCACAGCAGUGAACGUGAGGGAACGUAGAAAAUUAACACGCUGUUGCUGACAUGCUCAUGGGUUGUUGCUAGCUAAAAGCAUAUUAGCCAUAAUAGAUGGUUACCCGCUUUAACAGCAUCAAACCAGAGCGUAGCAAGUAAGCGUGCGGGAUAGAAUCAGGAGACGCAUGACACCCUUUGACUUUUGAUGUAAACCGCUUUUAUUUUCCGUGCUCAGUAGUUUUUCAUUUUAUUUCUUUUCGUACAUAGGAAAACCCCUGUAAUCCGUUUCAUAAGGUUGAAUAAAACAGCGUCGUUUGAUAGCAUCAUCUGUUUUUGAGUUUUCUGUGGCAACACCCCGAGCACCAACACAUAGUUUUUCUUCAAAAAAAGGACACCGCUACGCCCCCGAAGUACAUUUUUGUGGACUCACCCACUUCACCCACCCCUCCAUCGGCAUCUUGGUGAGGAGUUUGGGCGAACUAUCCUAUACAGGUGUUUCCUCCUGUAAACACCCCCACACACACACACACACCAUACCCCCAUACGAAGACACGUAUUGUGUGGAAUUGACCCGAGACUCUUUCGUCUGAGACUGCAGCAAGAAGAACUUUGUGACUCGACAUCUGUGCAAUGGCCGACAAGCUCGCCAAGGUGAGAAGGAAGUUCGUGGAACAGGUGUCCAUAGCAACUCUUGAUCGGCUCCUAGACAACAUUCUGGAGGAUCACAUUGUGAAUGACUUGGAAAAAGACUCCAUACUGAAGGGGAACAGCAGCAGAGAGAAGGCGCGCUGCCUCAUCGACACGGUGAGGAAAAAAGGCGAUAGAGCCAGCAUGAUGAUGAUCGCUCACCUUCAAAACUGUGAUCUCACACUUUACUCUGAGCUGGGCCUCGGCUUAGUACCGCCUGCUCCACCUGCUGCAGAGCCUCGGAGCAUUAAGGAGGAGGGCCGGUCGACCACACUCAUCCCCACUACUGAGGAUUUCUGGAGGGAGAAACAGAACCAGAAAGAUAUUUACCCUGUGACCAAAGAUAACUAUAGGAAUCGUGUGGCGCUGCUUAUCACCAAUAUAAAGUUCACGCUUGAGAGAUUUGACAGACGUGGAGCUGAGAAAGACGAGGAGAACGCGGAGAAACUUCUCACAGAUCUGGGAUACGAGGUGGUGAAACACACAAACCUCACUGCAAAGGCCAUCGAUGAUGCUGUAAUCAAGUUCUCUAAACAUCCAAAACUCAGAGAGACAGACAGCGUGAUGGUGGUUAUCAUGUCUCACGGGAAACUGGGAACUAUCCUAGGUGUCGACUGGAAACCGAAACCUAGACCACUGGAAACCUCAAAAUCUGAUGACGAGGAACCGGAUGAGUUCCCCAUCGACAACAUUUAUAAACACUUGGGUCCAGAGGAAUGUCCGGCUCUGCUGAACCAAACUAAAAUCCUCAUCAUCCAGGCCUGCAGAGGAGAUGAGAAAGGCUUUGUGCUGUUGAGCGACCGUCCGGCUGUGCCUGAUGACGACGGACUGCUAGGGUUUUCUCCUGAACACGACAUUGAGGAUGAUUGUCUGCGAACGGAACACAAAGAAAAAGACUUCAUCUCUCUUCUCUCCUGCACGCCUGACACCGUCUCAUAUAGACUACGGCAUCGUGGGUCUUUUUUAAUCCAGUUUAUUGUCGACGUAUUCAACACCGCCGCACGCGAGGAUGACAUCGAGGAACUUUUCAGAAAAGUCAUGCAACGCUUUGAAGAGUUCCGCACCUUAAACAUAAGGCAGAUGCCGACCAAGGACAGAUGCACACUUACAAAACGCUUCUACUUUUAUCCAGGUCUCAAUGUUGUUUGAGACACUUCCUGUUAUAAACGUGUUAUGAUAUCUUCAGGAGUUGUACACGUGUUCAUAAUGUGUGCUAUUGGCACAUAGGGGAUCUAUUUACUUCACCGGCCCACGUCUUCGUCAGUUUUGUAUUAUUCAAUUUUUACUCUUGAAGAAUUAUUUUUAUAACAAAGUUCUUGCAGUUAAAGUGAAUAAAGUAACCAUAGCUUCACUUUUUCUGACAAACCUGAUGAAGUGACAUUCGGGCCAGAGAAUCUUUUUAUCUCAGGGUUAAGGGUCGCAUACGGUCUAUGUGCAGAUCUUAGCUGACACUGGUUGAGAGGUGGGGGACACCCUGGCCUGGACAGGUUAAUAUCGCAGGGCUGUGUGUGUGUAUAAAAGCAGUUAAGGAAAAGUAUAGUGAACUUUCAUACUUUUGUACUUUUACUUGUGUAAGAUUCAUCAACAACAGUUCACACUGUGAUGUUACAUUUAUGAGUAAACAAGAAAAGUUAAAAUAAAUAUGAGAAUUGAAAAAGA